GAGAGAGAGUGAGAAGACCUUAUCUUUGUGGAAGUAAGGUAGCAAGUAGUGUUAGGCUGCUUAACCCCGCGACACAAUGAGACAGAGAGACCCCCCCAACACCAAAUCUUCUCUAUAGAUUUUGCUCCAUUAAUUUCCCAAUCACCACCCUCCUCUGCGCUUUCCACACUUGGAAAUUCCCAGCCACCCAAUUAUUCUAUCAAAGUACUUCCUCAGUCUCUGCAUCUCUGGUCGGUCCAGAUAUGGGGAAGAAGAAGUACUUCCUCUUCCUUUGUAUAAUUUGAAGCCGACUAAGUUACUGAUUCAAUAAGAGAAAUGAUGAAUCGGUGCGUCCCCGAUUUUGAAAUGGAGGAUGAUUAUUCAAUUCCCACUUCCUCUGCCCCGAACCGCCCCAGAAAAUCAUCCCUGCCAGAUGAUGAGAUCAUGGAGCUGCUAUGGCAAAACGGUCAAGUUGUGAUGCAGAGCCAGAACCAAAGGCCUUCGCCUAACAACAAAAAGUCGUCACAGGCCCCAUCCAAAUACGACGCAGUCUUGCCCGAAGACAGAGACAUCCCCAGACCCCAAAACCACCAGCUGUUUAUGCACGAAGACGAAAUGGCCUCUUGGCUUCAGUACCCUCUCGUCGACGACCCCUUCUGCGCCGACCUUCUCUACCCCGAUUCCUCCACCGUUCAUCAACCCAACACCACCGCCGGGGCCGAACUCCGGCCUAAUCCUAUUUCGGCGCCGCCGUCCAAGCCGCCGAUUCAUCCGCCCAGGAGGACCGAGCUCCAGAACUUUCUCCACUGCUCCAAGACCAACAACAACAAGGCUAGGGUUUCGGAAACGGCGCCGUCCAGCUCCAAGAGCGUGGUGAGGGAGUCGACGACGGUGGUGGACUCCUGCGAUACUCCGCUGGUGGGCCACAGCUCUAGGGCUUUGGAUUCCGGGCUCGACGGCGGCGGCGGCGGAGGUCCUGCCGGUGCUGCGACGUCGUUUGCUACUGGUGUUACUGCUAAUGCUGCGACGUCGUUUCCGGGGAAAGAGAUUAUGACGUGUGAGAUGUCGCUGACUUCGUCGCCCGGCGGCUCCAGUGCGAGUGCCAGCGCGAGCGCCGAGCCCAUAUCGUCUCAGAAGCCGCGGGCGGGCGAGGAUCGGAAGCGGAAAGGGAGAGAAGCCGAGGACGACGGCGAGUUUCAGAGCGAGGAUGUUGAGUUUGAAUCUGCCAAUGGAAAAAAGCAAGCCCGAGGAUCAACGUCUACAAAGAGAUCCCGUGCUGCCGAGGUCCACAAUCUCUCCGAGAGGAGACGUCGAGAUAGGAUAAAUGAAAAGAUGAAGGCUUUACAAGAACUAAUACCUCGUUGCAACAAGUCAGACAAAGCGUCAAUGCUGGAUGAAGCAAUUGAGUACUUGAAAUCACUUCAGUUACAAGUACAGAUGAUGUCCAUGGGAUGCGGCAUGGUACCUAUGAUGUUUCCUGGUGUUCAGCAGUAUAUGCCGAUGGGGAUGGGGAUGGGAAUGGGAAUGGGAAUGGGCAUGGGAAUGGAAAUGGCGGGCAUGACCCGGCCUAUGAUGCCAUUUCCGAAUGUGCUAGCUGGUUCAUCCAUGCCAACAGCGGCUGCACAUUUGGGACCUAGGUUCCCUGUGCCACCAUUUCAUAUGCAGCCUAUUCCUGCAAAUGAUCCUGCCAGAGUUCAAGCAACAAAUCAGUCAGAUCAAAUGCUAAACGCGCUUGCUGCUCAAAAUCCGAACCAAUCACGUAUGCCAAAUUUUGCAGAUCCUUAUCAGCAGUUUUUCAAUCCCCAGCAGAUGCAGUUGCCACUACAGCGGAAUCAAGCAAUGGCUCAGCCUAGUAGCAUGCCAAGUUCCAGUAAGGGACCUGAAACUCACGAAAAUCAUCAAUCAGGUUGAAGUUGUGAAGUGGAUGGAUAACAGAAGGCUCUUUGCCUGCUAAGUUUUGUAGUCUAAGCUCUGAGAGUAGUUUUUUCUCCUUUUUGGGUUCUUGUGAGGCUAAAAUGCCAUAUAACAAAGCUUACAUGUAAUUAUUACAACCCCAUAGCAAUAUAUUUACCAUUUUCCUA